UAUGGUUGUGUGGAAUUUCAGUCAUGGAAGGAGCUGUCGCCAGAAGAAAUGUAUGAGCUUGAUCAAGAGUUGUGUGAACCUGACAAUAUUAAUGGUCUGUUUCGAGUGAUUGCUGCUCAUUUCUAUGAUUGUGAUUGUAAUGAUCUCCCAGCUCUUGCUUUUAGGCUGCAUGGUGGAACACCAGAGAGGGAUCUGUCCAAAGCUAGUCAUGUAAUCAUUACAAAUAGUGAUAAACUUACACUUCGACCUAGUGAGUUAGCUGGCCAGCAUUUGGUGGUGACCAGUGAUUGGAUCUACGACUGCAUAGAAAAGAGAAAACUUUUAGAAGCAAGACAUAUGCACCGACAUAGAUUCCUUGGUUUCUUAAGGACAUGUACAUGUUUUGGCCACCUGGUUUUGGUCAUCCUCGGGAUGGGAUUGCUGUGUGUAAUAAGCUACUUCUGUGGAGUUCGCGCUGUUCAUUGCAAUUAA